AGGAAACAUAAUUGUUGCCUGAUUCUAUUUAAAUCAAUAUGCAACCAGUUGUUGCAUAUUUUUAUUAUACUAUAGGCAAGUAUAGGUUAUAAAGCAUUGUAACCAUAGUGAAUAAUAGAUAUUUGGUAUCUAUAACGAUUUGUAAUACAAUUAUAGUGUAUUCAAUAUUAUGGAGAGUGCAGGUGAUAAUUUGAAGCGUAAAAAGAAGCAGUAUUAUUCACAGAAAAGGCAGCGGCGUUUCGAAAUCACCGCAGGACUAAAGGGAUUUCUAUGCAGCUGCAAUUUCAAUGAAAGAGACUGUGUCAAGGAAUCCUACAACCUUUUGAAUAAAUAUGCGGACAAGUUGUACCCCCCUAAAGAGAAGGAGGAAGUUGAUGAGGAGCAGGGUAUCGAAGAAGAACUUUCUGCGGAAGUUGAUAAACUGAAGAAUGAAAGAGGAAAUGAGGAAAGAAGAUUCCAAUACAUUGACACUGGUGCUAAAAACCUUUUAUUUAUCAAGACUACAUUGGAUGAACCAAUUGAAGUCACAAAGGAGAUAGUUGAUGAUAUUAUAGCUGAAGGAAAACAACAGACAAGGUUUCUGAUUCGCUUAGUGCCAGUUGAAACAACUUGCAAAGCUGUUGUAGGUGAAAUUCGGGAAGCUCUAAAGCCUCUGUUAAAGAAGAACUUUGAUAGUGGCCCAAAGACAUUCUCCAUAGUUUACAAUCAUAGAUUCAACAACACCUUGAACAAGGAAGAAGUUAUCAAGCUGGUGGCUGACGACGUCUUCGCAAUAAGGGCAGAUCACAAAGUCGACCUGAAAGGAGCUGAAACUAGUAUAAUCAUUGAAAUUAUCAAAACGUUUGCAUACCUCUCUGUAGUUCCCAAUUAUCUUAAGAAUAAGAAACAUAACUUGCAUUUAAUAUGUAAACCAGAAGAAAAUAAAGAAUAAGAAAAUUUCUUGUUUUUUUA